GGUUCGAGCGUGUGUUCUGUUCUGCUCACAGACAGGAGCUCUUGCAGCUGUACUGCAUCACCUGUGAUGUUCUGACCUGCAGAGACUGCCAGCUGCACUUCCACAAGGACCACCGGCACCAGUUCAUGGAGGAUGCGAUCCCCUCGCAGCGCCUCCUGCUGGAGACUCUGAUUAUGCAGCUGCAGGAGAGAACGUCGGGGGUCACAAAGACGGUGCGCUGCGUCCGAAACAAGGCCCGGGACCUGAUGGAGAUGGAGAGGCGGGUUCGAGUGGAAAUCAAGAUGGCUGUUCAGCAGCUUAUCAAAGAGCUGAGCAAGAGGGGCGGCGUCCUGAUUCAGGAGGUGCAGAAGUGCACGCAGAUUCAUCAGCAGACUCUGCAGCAGCAGCACAGUGGUUUGGUGAAGCUACAGACCCAGCAGGAGCACGUCCUGAGGUUCGGAGCCUGGGCCCUGAACAAGGAUAACAGCACAGCCUUGCUGCUCUGCAGGAGGACUAUCUUCUCCCAGUUCCAGCGCGCUCUGGAGACAGCGGUCAGUGACGAGGACAGCGCUGCGCUGGACAUCAGAUUCCACUGGGACGCCCGAGCGUGGACCAACAGGAUAGCUCAGUUUGGGAGGCUGUCGUCUGACUGCUCUCCUCCAUCCCAAAAAAGACCUCUCAAAUUCCACUACCUGCAGCCACCCCCCUCUCCCCUCAGGGCCCACGCCCCCUGGCAAAGAGACCCCACCCACUUCCAUAGCCACUCCUCCUCCACAGGGGGGGCAGGUUCCGCUCCCUCCCCCCCCUCCUCUUCAGAUCUGCAGCGACUCCACAGCCGGCCUACCUGUUAGCUUGGGGCACCUCGACCGAACUGCUCCCCCUGCUGGGCAAAACAAGGGCAGCGGUCUCUCCAAGGCCCCGCCCCCUCCUGCCGCUGCGCCGGCCCCCGCCCCCUCCUGUCGCU